GAACUGGCCAGGACCUCGGCGCCUCCGUCCACUCCAGCCACACAGAACGCACACGAAAAUGGCGCUCGCCGCCGCCCCCUCCCGACGGUUCCCCGCCGCUCCUCCCCGGCCAGCACCGCCGUCUCCGCCUCUUCAGAGACGCGCCCACCUCCGUCCUCAGAACCCACGUCGCGGCCCUCGUCCACUCCUCGCCGCCGCGACCGCCGCCCCGCUCACCGCAGCGGACACGGAGGGGCGGAAGCACGAGCUGCUGCGGGCGGUGCAGGAGACGGGGCGCGGCUUGGGGGCCAGCCCCGACCAGCGCGCGGCCAUUGAGGAGGCCAUUGUGUGCGUGGAGGAGCUCGGCGCCGGGGAGGGGACGCCACUGGACCUCGCUGCGCUCGACGGCACCUGGAGGCUGUGCUACACGUCGGCGUCGGACGUGCUCGUGCUGUUCGAGGCGGCGGAGAGGCUCCCUCUCCUGCAGGUAGGGCAAAUAUACCAGAAAUUCGAGUGCAAGGGCCGGUUGGAUGGUGGAAUUGUGCGGAAUGUCGUGCGUUGGAGCAUUGAGAACUUGCUGGAGGAGCAAGAAGGCGCAACACUGAUGGUCUCUGCAAAAUUUGAUGUUCUGUCUAAGCGCAACAUAUUUCUUCAGUUCGAGGAGGUUGCUGUAGAAAAUAUCAAGAUUAGUGAGCAGCUACAAGCACUAAUAGCUCCUGCUAUACUUCCUCGGUCUUUUUUUAGUCUUCAGAUAUUGCAGUUCCUGAAAACUUUCCGAGCUCAAGUUCCUGUUGGUGGUCCUGAAAGACGAUCACCUGGAGGACUAUACUAUCUUUCUUACCUUGACCGUGAUAUGCUCCUGGGGCGUUCAGUUGGUGGUGGUGGAGUUUUUGUUUUCACAAGAGCCCAACCUCUUUUAUGAAGGUUCUCUAAUUUCCAUGGGCGUGUUGUAUAAUAAAACGACGGUUAUAGAUGGGCUUACUUGCAUACAGUAGGUAUAUGUCUACCUUUCAACGCAACACUCCAUGUGCCCUUAUGAAAUCUGAUUAUUAUCCUGUUCUACUUGUGUAUAGCAAUCACCUUCUGCUUCUGUGUGUUAAGAAAGUUUUCUGUUCUUCCAAUAGAAAGCUAAUUAAAAUUGAUGACUUUUAUUCUGUAUAUUAGAAUGUGUUUUGGUUUCUAGUAUUAUCAUAUUUGUAAUUUUCAAUGUAACUAUAUCACUCAGUACCACUGGCGAUAUGUGAUUGCUCAUUGCCUAUUAA